CUGGGGCCGGGGCCGGCGCGGCGCGGGGGGCUGCGAGCCCCGGGGCGGCCGCAUGUGCGCCCCGCGGGGCUCCGCGGCAGGACGGAGCGGGCCGGGGCAGAGCCGGGCCGGCCCGAGCGGGGCCGUUGCGGGCGGCGGGGCCGCGCGGAGGCGGAGGCGGCGGCCAUGGAGGGGCUGGCGGGGUACGUGUACAAAGCGGCCAGCGAGGGCCGCGUGCUCACCUUGGCCGCGCUGCUGCUGAACCGCUCCGAGAGCGACAUCAAAUACCUGCUGGGCUACGUGAGCCAGCACGGAGGGCAGCGCUCCACGCCGCUCAUCAUCGCCGCCCGCAACGGGCACGCCAAGGUGGUGCGGCUGCUGCUGGAGCAUUACCGCGUCCACACGCAGCAAACCGGCACCGUCCGCUUCGACGGCUUCGUCAUCGACGGGGCCACCGCGCUCUGGUGCGCGGCCGGGGCCGGCCACUUCGAGGUGGUCAAGCUGCUGGUGAGCCACGGCGCCAACGUCAACCACACCACGGUGACCAACUCGACGCCGCUGCGGGCGGCCUGCUUCGAUGGCCGGCUGGACAUCGUCAAGUACCUGGUGGAGAACAACGCCAACAUCAGCAUCGCCAACAAGUACGACAACACCUGCCUGAUGAUCGCGGCCUACAAGGGCCACACGGACGUGGUGCGCUACCUCCUGGAGCAGCACGCCGACCCCAACGCCAAGGCCCACUGCGGGGCCACCGCGCUGCACUUCGCCGCCGAGGCCGGCCACCUGGAGAUCGUCAGGGAGCUGGUCAAGUGGAAGGCGGCCAUGAUGGUCAACGGGCACGGCAUGACGCCGCUCAAAGUGGCCGCCGAGAGCUGCAAGGCCGACGUGGUGGAGCUGCUGCUGGCGCACGCCGACUGCGACAGGAGGAGCAGGAUCGAAGCUCUGGAGCUGCUGGGGGCCUCGUUUGCCAACGACAGGGAGAACUACGACAUCUUGAAGACUUACCACUAUUUAUAUUUGGCCAUGCUGGAGAGGUACCGCGACAGCGAGAACGUCAUCGAGAAGGAGGUGCUCCCCCAGAUCGAGGCGUACGGAAACAGGUCGGAAUGCAGGACCCCUCAGGAAUUAGAGUCCAUUAGGCAGGACAGAGACGCCCUUCACAUGGAAGGCCUGAUAGUGCGGGAGAGAAUCCUGGGCUCGGACAAUAUCGACGUCUCCCACCCCAUCAUUUACCGGGGCGCCGUCUACGCCGACAACAUGGAGUUCGAGCAGUGCAUCAAGCUGUGGCUCCACGCGCUGCACCUGCGGCAGAAAGGCAACAGGAACACCCACAAGGACCUGCUGAGGUUCGCUCAGGUCUUCUCGCAGAUGAUCCACCUGAACGAGCCCGUGAAGGCCAAGGACAUCGAGAGCGUCCUGCGCUGCAGCGUGCUGGAGAUCGAGCAGGGCAUGGCGCGCAUCAAAACCACCCCGGACGCCGACAUCCACACGGCCACGGACAACUACGAGUGCAACAUCUUCACCUUCCUCUACCUGGUGUGCAUCUCCACCAAGACGCAGUGCAGCGAGGAGGAGCAGUCCCGCAUCAACAAGCAGAUCUACAACCUGAUCCACCUGGACCCGCGCACGCGCGACGGCUCCAGCCUGCUGCACCACGCCGUCAACUCGGGCACGCCCGUGGACGACUUCCACACCAACGACGUCUGCAGCUUCCCCAACGCCCUGGUCACCAAGCUCCUGCUGGACUGCGGCGCCGACGUCAACGCCGUGGACAACGAGGGGAACAGCCCUCUGCACAUCAUCGUGCAGUACCACCGGCCCAUCAGCGACUUCUUGACGUUGCACUCCAUCAUCAUCAGCCUGGUGGAGGCCGGCGCCCACACGGACAUGACCAACAAGCAGAAGAAAACCCCUCUGGAUAAAAGCACCACCGGGGUGUCGGAAAUCCUCCUUAAAACUCAAAUGAAGCUGAGUCUCAAGUGCCUGGCUGCCCGCGCCGUGCGGAUCUACAACAUCAGCUACCAAAACCAGAUCCCCAGAACUCUGGAGGAGUUUGUCCAGUUCCACUAGGCCGCCUCCGACCUUUCGUGGUGGUGCUAUCCCGGGACGACAGCAGACAGCAGAACACACCCCGUGUCCAUGAAAUCCUUUUUCUCCAUCCCUUUGGUUUUGGGUUCCUCUGGAUUCCGUCUGCGGCCUCAGUUCUCGGGUGGAGGUGGUGGAGGGGUGGGGGCAGGAAACGCCACGUCGUUGUCCUCUGGCUGAACCUCUGGUUGAGAUUUUGAUCCCUUUCUUUUUAUUUUAUUUUAUUUUAAUUAAAGGAAUCCCUUCGUUAGCUCUUUUGUUUUCUGAACAACAGGAGAAGAAUCCCCCAGGUGAAUCCCGCCGGACGUUUUGGCGCCCGGCGCGAUUCCCGAGAUGGGAUUUCCAACUCCUGGCCGUGAGGCGGGAGAAGAAAACCCGGGAAUUCUGCGGCGGUCGGGUGAGGGUUCUCUCGUACCUCGCCGCGCUUUCACGCCUUUCAGCCGGCGCUGAGGACGUCGGUAACGUUUUAAAAUCCCCGUUUCCAUCCAAAAUUCCCUUUUGAGCCGCGAUUCUCAACAGCUGCAGACGCGAGGGAUGCUCUGUCAGGAAAUCCAGGUGGAAAUUCAGCUCCCAGGGGUUGAAUUCCCUUAGCGAGCUCUCGAUUCCUGCUGCUCCAGUAAGUUUUGAAUCACCUACGGACAACAAAAAUAAAAAAAUAAACCCCAAAAACCAAAAAAAAAAAAAAGUAACAAA